GCAUUAUAGAAGCGACGUGGAAGAGUAAUAUUUUGAUGGUGUGAACAGUGAGAUAAUUGUGCCUAAUGCUUUUUUUUUGUUCUGGGGAUACGUCGGUUUUUUAUGUAACUUAAAUUAUUGUUGUGUUUUGUAGGAACUGGAUUCGGACGUAAAUAUACAGUCAAGUUUUUUACACAGAUGAUGGAAGAUUUCUCUGGCCUUGACCUUCCCCCUCUGUUUGGGGGCCACAUUCUGGAAGCAGAACUGGAACCUGGGGGAGUGGAGCUUGGACCAGGGGAGGUUGAGCUUGGGCCAAGUGGAAGUGAGCUUCUCCACAGUGCGGAGCACGGGUCAGGGCCUGGACAUGAGGAAGACGAAGAGGAGGAGGACGAAGAGGAGGAAGAGGAAAGGAGGGAGCGAGAGAAAAGGAAGUACUUGGCAUUAAGCAAGCGUUGCAAGGAGAUUGAACAAGUGAAUGAAAAGAUACUUGGGCGCCUUCAUCAGGUCCACAGACUGACACGACGUUUGAAGAAGGAAAGACGGUUUUUGAUGAAAACUCUCAGUUCUUAUGGAGAUGAUUAUAGAAGUGCCUAUCUCACUAUACUCCUUGAGGAUGAGGGUGGGGGCCAUCUGGAAUCUCUGCCUGGGGGAGAAGACAACAGGCCAAAUGGGUUUGCUGGCUCUUCGCCUUCCAUUCCCCUGCAGUCUGCUGUCGGGCCCAAGAAGAAAAGACAUCGUGUCCCCAAGGAGAAGGACCGCGAAGCACCGCAGUCAGAAGCAGACCUCUCCAUGCUGACUGACCCACAGUUCCGAGGAUUCCCGAGCCCAACAGCGCUCUCUCAUUUACCCAACACCCACAGUGCCCCCCCCUUAUAGGACUCUCACAGUACAGUAUCAGUUUAAAUAAAACUUUCAGUGCAUAUGUUUGUUAAUUCUACCUUUUGGUAGUUUUACUAGUGAAUUAUAGAUUUGAUUGGUAUGGUGUGCUUUGCUGGAAAAAUAAAGCACAUAAAAAUAACAGUAUAGUUUUAUAACAUUAUUUUGUAUUUUAGUUAUUGCAAAAUAAAAUUAAAAUUAAAGCGUUCUUUAUAUUAAUUGCAAUGCUUUGUCUAAAUUUUUGACGGUCGUUUUGUGUUUUGCAUUAAAAAUGGUGACCAGU